AAAACACCAAGGUAGUCCCAAAAAGGCGGCGAACAAAGUGCUGGCUCGACGCGAUAAGUCGAGUAGGAUGUAAAACCGGAGGGUCCAGUUCAUGGGAACAUCCCUCUGCCUUGAUUUUCAAUGAAAUGAAGGCGUUGGAUGCGAGGCAAAGGGGGGAAAAGUGGUACCAGACGCAGGGAAAAACGUCCAUACGUGCUUUAUCUUAGUGGCUGUGACGUGAUAUUGCAGCCCCAGUCCUGAAGCUCGGAGAGCGAGCAAGCGAGAGAGCGGUUCCUAUCUCUCUCUAUACUCAGUAUUCAAACAUCUUCCCUCCAUCAGCUAAGGAUUUUUUGUCUGCCUGCUGCCUGUCUCUAAUAUCUCUGGAGAGAGGAGAAGCUGGGGGUAGAGGACCCAUCUUGAUACCUUCACUUUCAUUUUUUGUUAGGGUAUUUUGGUGCAACCCUGUGUUUUCUCGUUCUGCUUACUUUAAUUCGCGGCGCAGUAAAUAGCUUUCCAACCCUUUUUGUAUUUCUUUUUAUCGCGGUAUUGGUGUGGCGUUCGCUCGAACUGGUUCCCUUUUUGUGGGAGAAAGAAGCGAGAUGAGACCGACUGGAUCCUAACGUAUUUUUUCGUCUAUUGACCGUCUUGUUGCACUGGACUUCAAUCGUGGGCAAUGGGAAGUAUUGAUUCGCAAGAAGGCAGCACAUUUUGUUGUUAUUUCUGAAGGAUGUGUGCAAGUAUGUUGGAAAAAUAGCCAUAGUUUCCGGAGUGUAAGGCCAAAUGACAUAGGAUGAAGGCUAUUCGUAACCUGUUGAUUUAUAUAUUUUCCACCUAUCUCCUGGUAAUGUUUGGAUUUACUGGUGCCCAAGACUUCUGGUGUUCCACUUUGGUCAAGGGGGUUAUCUAUGGAUCUUACUCGGUGAAUGAAAUGUUUCCCAAGAACUACACAAACUGUACUUGGACGUUGGAGAACCCUGAUCCUACCAAAUACAGCAUCUACCUGAAAUUGUACAAGCGAGAUCUGAGCUGCUCAAACUUCUCUCUGUUGGCUUACCAGUUUGAUCAUUUCUCGCACGAGAAGAUCAACGAGCUUCUGAGAAGUAAUGAGUCUAUAGUAUACGUGUGUGAUUCCAAGAAUAUUUAUAUAUUUUUGCAGUACGACAAGAAUUUCGUUCAGCUUCGCCGGGUGUUCCCAUUCGAUUAUACUGGAUUGAUACAAAAGAAAACGGAAGAGGAGCAAAAAUCGGUGUUGGAGUUCUUGGUUUUGAACAAGGCCAGCCCCAGUCAGUUCGGCUGUCAGGUGCUGUGCACUUGGUUGGAGAACUGCCUUAAAACGGAGAAGGGAACCGCGGAAUCGUGUGGAAUAGUGUAUACAAAAUGCACCUGCCCUCAGCAUUUGGGCGACGGAGAGUCGGAAAAUGCGCUCGUGCUCAACAAUGUUGUCUUGCCUCUGAAUCCCCAAACGGAAGGAUGCCUGACUCCGCAGCUACGAACUGCGCAGGUCUGCAACUUAAGCGCUGAAGUGAAACGACCCCCAAAGGAAGAAUUUGGAAUGAUGGGAGAACAUACAGUUAAAACACAGCGGCCGAGGUCUGUUCAUGAAACAAAGGGCCAGCAGGAGCAAGCUGAAUCUGCUAAAUUUAUGGCACAAACUGGUGACUCUGGUGCUGAGGAGUGGUCCCACUGGAGCUCAUGCUCAGUUUCGUGCGGUCAAGGGUCGCAGGUGCGAACGAGAACGUGUGUCUCGCCGUACGGAACACACUGCAGCGGCCCUUUAAGGGAAUCGAGGGUUUGCAAUAACACUGCUCCCUGCCCAGUGCACGGCGUCUGGGACGAGUGGUCCCCCUGGAGCCUGUGCUCCUUCACCUGCGGCCGAGGCCAGCGCACCCGAACCCGGACCUGCUACCCGCCCCAGCACGGCGGGAGGGCCUGCGACGGGCCCGAGACCCAGACCAAGCUCUGCAACAUCGCCGUCUGCCCAGUGGAUGGGCAGUGGCAGGAGUGGAGCCCGUGGAGCGACUGCUCGGUGACCUGCGCCAACGGCACCCAGCAGCGGACCAGGCACUGCUCCGCGGCGGCGCACGGCGGCUCGGAGUGCCGGGGCCACUGGGCCGAGAGCCGGGAGUGCUACAACCCCGACUGCACAGCCAACGGACAGUGGAACCCCUGGGGGCCCUGGAGCGGCUGCUCCAAGUCCUGCGACGGAGGCUGGCAGAAGAGAUCGCGGGUCUGCCAGGGCGCGGCCGUCACCGGGCAACAGUGCGAGGGCACGGGCGAGGAGGUCCGCAGGUGCAGCGACCAGCGUUGCCCAGCCCCGUACGAGAUCUGCCCGGAGGACUACGCCGUGUCCAUGGUGUGGAGGAGGACUCCUUCCGGCGACCUGGCCUUCAACAGGUGUCCCCCCAACGCGACAGGCACCACUAGUCGACGCUGCUCGCUGGAUUACCGGGGCGUGGCCGUGUGGGAGCAGCCCAGCUACGCCCGAUGCAUAACAAACGACUUCAGAUACUUGCAGCAAUCAAUGUGGCAGGUGAAAGAGAAUUUGGCCAAAGGGCAGAGGGCCACGGCGGGAGACGGGAUGUCCCAGGUGACCAAGACGCUCCUGGACCUCACGCAGCGGCGCAGCUUCUACGCCGGCGACCUGCUGACCUCCGUGGAGAUCCUGCGCAACGUGACGGACACCUUCCGGAGGGCCAGCUACGUGCCGUCGUCGGACGACGUGCAGAACUUUUUCCAGACCAUCAGUAACCUGUUGGAAGAGGAGAACAGAGAGAAGUGGGAGGAUGCACAGAAGAUCUACCCGGGCUCUGUGGAGCUGAUGCAGGUCAUUGAAGACUUCAUCCACAUCGUUGGCCUGGGGAUGAAGGACUUCCACAACUCCUAUCUGAUGACGGGGAACUUGGUGGCCAGCAUACAGAAGCUCCCGGCAGUCUCCGUGAUGACGGACAUCAACUUCCCCAUGAAGGGGCGCAAAGGGAUGGUGGACUGGGCCCGGAACUCCGAGGACAAGGUGGUCAUCCCCAAAGGCAUCUUCAUCCCCCAGUCCGCAGAAGCAGACGGAUCCCCUGUGUUCAUCCUGGGGACGGUUUUAUACAAAACCCUGGGACUUAUGCUGCCGACCCCCAAGAACAACACCGGCGUGAACUCCAAGGUCAUCGCCGUGACGGUCAGGCCGGACCCAAAGAUGCAGGAGACGCCCCUGGAGAUCGAGCUGGCGCACCUGGCCAACGGCACGAUGAACCCGUUCUGCGCGCUGUGGGACAGCACCGUCAUGAACGAUUCUUGGGGAACCUGGUCCGCCAAGGGAUGUAAAACCGUGCUUACUGAUGCAUCCCAUACAAAAUGCUUAUGUGAUCGUGUGUCUACCUUCGCCAUUUUGGCUCAGCUACCAAGAGAAAUAACUAUGGAGUACUCAGGAGUGCCCACCGUGACCCUGAUUGUCGGCUGUGGCCUGUCCUGCGUGGCCUUGAUCACGCUGGCGGUGGUGUACGCGGUGCUGUGGAGGUACAUCCGAUCGGAGAGGUCAAUCAUCCUGAUCAACUUCUGCCUGUCCAUCGUGUGCUCCAACGUGCUGAUCCUGGUGGGGCAAACCCAGACGCACAAUGCGGGCGUGUGCACCAUGACCACGGCCUUCCUGCACUUCUUCUUCCUGGCCUCCUUCUGCUGGGUGCUGACGGAGGCGUGGCAGUCCUACAUGGCCGUGACGGGGAAGGUCCGCACCCGCCUGAUCCGCAAGAGGUUCCUGUGCCUGGGAUGGGGGUUGCCCGCCCUAGUGGUCGCCAUCUCCAUGGGAUUCACCAAGGCCAAGGGCUACGGGACGCCGCAGUACUGCUGGCUGUCUCUGGAAGGGGGCCUGCUCUACGCCUUCGUUGGGCCUGCCGCCGCCGUCGUCCUGGUCAACAUGGUGAUUGGCAUUUUGGUGUUCAAUAAGCUGGUGUCCAGAGACGGCAUCCUGGACAAGAAGCUAAAACACAGAGCAGGGCCCAUGACCGAGCCCCAUACAGGAUUAACUCUAAAAUGCGCCAAAUGCGGGGUCGUCUCCACCACCGCUUUAUCCGCGACUACGGCCAGCAACGCCAUGGCGUCUCUGUGGAGCUCCUGUGUGGUGCUGCCGCUGCUGGCGCUCACGUGGAUGUCAGCGGUUCUGGCCAUGACGGACAAGCGCUCGAUACUCUUUCAGAUACUCUUCGCCGUCUUCGAUUCCCUGCAAGGAUUCGUCAUCGUCAUGGUCCACUGCGUCCUGCGGAGAGAGGUGCAGGAUGCCUUCAGAUGUCGCCUGAGAAACUGCCAGGAUCCAAUCAGCACGGACGCCACAGGCACGUUCCCCAAUGGGCACGCCCAGAUCAUGACCGACUUUGAAAAAGACGUGGACAUCGCCUGUCGAUCAGCGCUCCAUAAGGACAUGGGGUCCUGCCGCGCGGCCACCAUCACCGGCACCCUCUCCCGCAUCUCGCUGAACGACGAGGAGGACGAGAAGGGCCCGGAGGGCCUCAGCUUCUCCACGCUGCCGGGCAACAUCAUCUCCAAGGUGAUCAUCCAGCAGCCGCCGGGCCUGCACAUGCCCAUGGGCGUGGGCGACCUGGGCGAGCCGUGCCACGGCGACGGCGGCGGCGACCUCCGCCGGACGGUGUACCUGUGCACGGACGACGCCGUGCGCUCCUCCGACCAGGAGGUGGGCGGGCACGAGCUGGGGGGCCACGGCCAGCUGGGGGGCCACGGCCAGCAGGGCCCCAUGAUGGAGCCCGACUACAUCGUGAUGCCCCGAGGCUCGGGCAGCGCGCCCACGCUCAUGAAGGACGACGGCAAGAUGAGCAUGGGCAUGGACGCCAUGGCCCACGAGCGCCUGGCGCACUACAAGGUCAGCCCCGAUUUCGGCAUGGGCCCCGGGGGCAUGGAGCACAUGGCCAUGGGCCUGGACCAGCCCUUCUCCGCCGCCGAGCACGGGCAGAGCCUGCCCUUCGAGCCCCGCACCGCCGUCAAGAACUUCCUGGCCGAGAUGGAGGAGAGCGCCGGGAUGUCCAGGAGCGAGACGGGCUCCACCAUUUCCAUGAGCUCCCUGGAGCGAAGAAAGUCGCGAUAUUCAGACUUGGACUUUGAAAAAGUGAUGCACACCAGGAAGAGACACAUGGAGCUUUUUCAGGAGCUCAAUCAGAAAUUCCAGACUCUCGACCGAUUCCGAGACAUACCAAAUAUGGCCGGCAUGGAGAAGGCGAUGCCGAACAAGAACCCGUGGGAGAGCUACAACCCGGGGAGUGAGUACCAGAACUACGCCACUAUGAAUGUACUAGAAUCCCACGCCAAGGACUCGCUGGAGAUGACCCCCGCGGAGUGGGAGAAGUGUGUCAGCCUUCCCCUAGACGUCCAGGAGGGGGACUUCCAGACGGAGGUGUAAAAGGCGGGGGGAAAUGGGGG